AUGCCUGGCUUUCAGAAGAUUCUCCUCGUAGGUGCAACGGGCACUUUUGGGGGCCUAGUUGCAGUGGCUCUCAGCAAACGACGACAGUUACUCAGCCGACUUGCAGUUUAUCACAAUACGGCAAGAAAAACAGACGAAGCAAAGAAGCUAAAGAUCGCUAAAUUUGAGGCGCUUGGGAUAGAGAUUGUCAGUGCUAACGGUUACGCGUCUCCUGAGCCUUUCGGGGGGUUUGACUGCGUCAUGAUCUUUUCUGGGAACUACGGGUUACAAGAACAACCCCAAAUCAUUGACUCGGCGAUCGCAGCUGGCGUCCGUCACUUCUAUCCCAGCGAGUACGGAGCUGAUCUCUUGGCCGGAGAUAAUUGGAAUCAGCGCUAUUACAGAUAUAAGGCCCUGACACGAAAUCACCUUGAAAUGAAGGGCAAAGAAUAUGCUGACCUUGGCUGGACUUACUUUCUCGUCGGGAGGUUGACCGAAUGGGCUGUCAUUUCGCACUUCGGGAUUGAUAAUAAACAUUCUACGGCUCGGAUUUAUGGCACUGAAUCCGGGCGGCAGAGUCUGAUCGGUGUUCAGGAUGCAAUUGCUUAUUUGGUCGAGACGCUGAACGACUCGAAAUCGGAACAUACCGCAGAAAGCGACCAAACUGACAGUAAAAGAAGAACAUAUCGUAUAUCUGGUAGUUCUCCCAGCUACCAAGAGAUAUUUGUUGCAAUGGAGCGUAUUACCGGCAGAAAAUAUGCUGUGACAUACCUCGACGUCGAAAGUGCUCUGAUUGAGGAAAGCGAUGCUAAAGCACGAGGCGACAUAGAUGGAGAGCUGGCAGCGAGUCAUAAGCUCGUGCAAGGAAGACAAGGCACCUUACUUCCUGAGCCCUGGGACAAUGCUCGCUUCCCAUCCCUGCAUACUGAAAGCUUUGAGGACAGUCUGCGUGCGGCUUUCAACUCACCAAUCUGGCGGAAAGCUUAUGGGUUAGAUUAA